AUGACCAACCACCGCUCGAGUAGAGGUUCCGAAGGACCUUGGAUAUGGGAGUUUCACACUGCUAGAGUCCAAAAUGCCCCUCUGCCUUCACUCGAGACACCAAGAGCUACAUCACCCGUGAGGGCCAGGACAACGCCUAGAUCCUCUUCUCCAUCAUCUCGUCGCGGUGGGGUUAUUCUUCGGUCGACUAUUUCAUCACCGCGUGUUCCUCAACCUAAAAAACCGCGACCGCGACCGCACCCACAAUAUCCAAAUGCACCCAUUGGUACUCCGUUGAAUGCGCAUCCACAAUUGACAAAUCCACCUAUUACUUCUCCGCCAAAUGUACAACUAGCAUCUCCACAUCCGCCCAUUACUACUCCAUCAAAUGCGCAUCCACAAUAUGCACAUCCACCCGUGACCGCUCCAUACAAUGCGCAUCCACAAUUUGAACCUCAACUCAUCUUUACAUCAUCAAGUGUUCCUCCAUCAAUCGCAUAUUCAUCAGCUACUCCUCCAUCAGCUGCUUCUCCCUCAGCUACUACCCCAGCUGCUCCCCCACCAGCUCCGCAACCUCCCCAAACACCGCCCGGGCGUGGCCCUCGCAAACAGCUUGACGUGCACACGCGCACACAAAUCUGUACAUUAAAGAAGAUAGCCGGAUGGUCAUACAGCCAGAUCCACGCUCAAUUUCCUCAUAUCCCACAAUCGACAAUCAAAACAACUGUGAAACGAGAAGCGACCAGACACAAUAACCAGACAAGCCAUCGCUCUGGAGCGCCGAGAAAGUUACAUGAAGAAGAUACGAAAAAGUUGCUCGACGCUCUUGACGAAAACCCACGCCUGACUUGGGACGAGCUUAUCAAAGUGAUUGAUGGAAAAGCUGGCCGACAUUCUAUUCGCCGUCUUCUGGAGAUAGAGGGCCGUCGAAAGGGCCAGCCUGAUCGCAAAUUGAAGCACACUCAAAAGAUGUUGGCUAGGCUUACGGAGCCGGAUCCUGAACCUGAUUCUGAUUCUAAUCCUGAGCCUGAGCCUGAGCCGUAA